GUCUCAAAGGGCAUUCUGUGGUAUCAGUCAGAGUCAGAGAGAAGAACCCUUAACAAUCGCACUUGUUCAUUAAAGUUUACGAAACCAUCACAAUGUGUUGCACAGGAAAGUGUGCACGAUUAGUAGGACUAAUCCUACUACCCUCAGCCUUUUUGUGUAUGAUAGCUAAUUUACUUUUGUUCUUUCCCAAUGGAGUGCAGUUGGAGACAGGACAGAUUUCCCUUCAGGUCUGGCUCAUGGGAGGACUUCUUGGUGGAGGAUUGUUUAUGUUGUGUCCAAGCUGCUCAGCCAUCAGAGCUGGGGGCAAAGGCUGCUGCGGGGCAGGUUGCUGUGGAAACCGUUGCCGUAUGCUGAAUUCUGUGUUGUCAUCUGUAUUUGGAAUUAUUGGAUCUUUCUACUGUGCCUCCGUUGCCUCUGCAGGACUUGCUAUUGGACCAAAAUGCAAAGUUGAGGGUGGAAAUUGGGAAUAUCCUUUUGAAGAAUCAAAAGUGAACGGCAGUUAUCUGGUGGAUAAGACACUCUGGUCACGCUGUAUUUUCCCCGAGAAUGCGGUUCUCUGGCACAUUGUGCUGUUUUCCAUAAUUUUAGGUUUGGGUCUGGUCCAGAUGAUCCUCUGUGGCAUUCAGGUUUUGAAUGGAUGCCUAGGCUGUCUCUGUGGAGACUGCCGUGACAAAAAAGAGGACGAUGGAGGUCUCUAAGAAAAAAAUUUAAACACUGGUUUUACCAAAGACUGCAAUUCUUACAAGAGGACCUUAAACCAACAGACUUCCAACCUAAAACAUAAAGUGCUUGACUACAAGGGGAUGUUAGGAUAUGUUAAGUUUACUUUGGUGUGUCAAUUACAGAUUAUUAAGUACUAUUAUAGUAAUACACUGUGUCAAAUGUCAAGCUUAAAACCUUCAUAUCAUAAUUUAAUCAACAUACAGUUCUGUGCAAAGGCCACCAUCACCAGCUUUGUUGUUUUAGCAAAGUUUUAAUGUCCAUCCAUAUAUUUUUUUUAAGAUACAAACAGAAAAUACAGGAAAUAUGUACAAAAAAUUUAAAAUAAAAACAUUUUCAGAACUAAAUGUCGUCUUUAGGCAUCAGUCAGUAUUUAGUGUGACCUCUCUUGGCACGAAACACAUCUUGAGCUUUUUUGAGGAGACUGAAGUUCUGAAGUCAUUCGAUUAGAAUUAGAAAUUAGGAUUUAAUUUUAUUUAGGUUUAAGAAAUCCUGCAGUUGCAGGUGGAAAGGGAGUUUACCCUAAAUAAUUGACACUCAGCUUAUACUUUUAUACUGUUUUUAAUACUACAUACACAUUUCCUGUAUUUUCUGGUUGUAUUCUAAUAAAGAGACUGAGGAAUAAUUAUUUAUGAUCACUAUACAAUUGCAAAAACAACAAAUGUAAUGGUAGUAUGGUGGCCUAUAAGACUUUUGCACAGUACUGUAUAUAAGAGAUCAGAUGCAAAACCUUUUAAGUGCGACAUGUUUUCUUGUAAAUGAGCAUUUCUUAUCAGACUCUUAUUGGAUUCUGUCACCAAACCAUGAUUAAGCAUAUUUUAUGUAUUUAAAUGUAUUUUGAAAGCAUUCGGUUAAUAUUAUUAAUUAAUCCUCAUAUAUGUUUCUCAAUCAAUGCCAUGUUAUGUGAAGAUAAACUGUGAUAUGUGUUUUUGCUAACUUAAAUCAUUUAUUGUA